AUGGCAAAUAAUCCAGAGGAUACAUGGUCCGCAUCAACCUACAACACGACUGCGUCAUUCGUGUAUUCACAGGAGUUCACGACACCUAUCCUUCGUCUCCUCGAUGCGAAACCUGGAGAAAGGGUCAUCGACUUCGGUUGCGGCAGCGGAGAGCUGACCCUGCAGAUCAAGCAGCUGGUCGGUGACACUGGGAUGGCGGUCGGUUUCGACAGCAGCGAGAGUAUGAUCAUGCAAUGCAAGGCCAAUGGAGUCGAGUCUGCAUUUGUUGGAGAUGCGCAGGAUCUGAAGUUCCCGAGUGAAUGGUCCUCCGAUCUACAGGGAGGAUAUGACGCGGUCUUUUCCAACGCAGCCUUGCAUUGGUGCAAACGUGAUCCUGCUGGUGUUCUUGAGAGCGCGAAGCGCGUCCUUAAGCCUGGCGGGCGUUUUGUUAUCGAGAUGGGCGGCUACAUGAAUUGCGUCGGUGUGCGAUCCGCUUUGUGUCAGGUACUUCGUACUAAGGGAUACCAUCCCGAUGAACUCGAUCCUUGGUUUUUCCCGACAACUGGGUAUUACAAGUCGCUCUUGGAGACUCACGGCUUCCACGUCACAUCCAUCUCCCUGCAUCCUCGCAUCACGCCGCUGAAGAGCUCGCUAUGCGAUUGGCUCCGUCUCUUCAGCCGCCCGUACUGGAUGCGUGACAUGGGAGACGAGGAAGCAGAGGAGAUCAUGCGCACAGUGGAGGACAUAUGCAGCGUCGACUGUUGCGAUGAGCAGGGGAGGUGGACCAUCAUGUAUGUGCGUCUGCGCGUCGUCGCGACGAUCUGA